AAAAACAAAUGCAACACUUUUUACAUCUGAAACGAACUUCGUUUAACGUGAACACAAAUCAAUGAAAAUUUUAAUUGUGUUGUUGAGCCUAACGCAGACUCAAUACUCUGAAAAUGGUGGGAAUGAGUAAAUUUUUUGAAGAACAUGCCAAGCAUAUGUCAUGUCAAGCCCUAGGAAUACACAGCGAACCUUGCCUGGAGCAUUUCCUGAGAGAUAUGCCCAAAUAUGUGACAUCGAAUUUCAAAUACUUUGCCCCAUUGUGCUUGUUACCCAUAGUCAUAGAUUGGCGUAACCUUAACAAAAAGAAGAUACGACAGCGUCUGGAAUAUUAUUUCCAUUGUUCCACCAUGGGCGUUACAAUUGGCUACAUUAUCAAUUGCCUUAUAUGUUUGAUGAGAAAGGGUCGUUUUGGUAUAUACCAUUUUGUGUUUAUACCCUCAUUUAUCGGUUCAGCCUCAGUGCAUUUUCUAGCUUCAGCUCGUGUUAUCGAAUUCUUUGAGACUAGCAUUUUCCAAUGUAACAUUGAAACAUUUUUGCUAAUGAAAAAAUUCCUGAUAAGUCGCCUAAUAUUUGAUUCAAAAAUAUUGCAAACCUACAUCUUUAUGAUCAGCAGUGCAAUCAUACUGCAAGGAAAACUGCUAUACAAUACUAAGGAAUUUUGGAUUUUAGAAUCUAACCCACAACCAAAGGAAAUUGAAAAUCAAGAGAAUUGCAAAUGUCAGAUGCAUCCAAAUAUGGGCUGCCAACAAUACCUUUAUCAAGGAGUGAAGAAAUAUUUUUUAUUGGGACUAACGUUAGACAUACUCAAGUCAGUGAUAAGCACAGUGAGUGCUAAACAAUCGAGUCAAUCAAAGCGAUUGGAUUUGAUAAAGAACUUUCAAAUUCGCUCGCUGGCCUUGUUCACAGUCAACGUUGGCGUAUACCGGUUUACCCAUUGUUUCCUUAAUAAAUAUAUACCCGGUUGCAAUUCUCUAAAUCAUCUUUUAUCCUCAUUUUUGGCUGGUGUCUGCUACACUUUCUAUCCACAAAAGCAAUUAUUCGCCUUUGCUGUGGUACAUGCCAUACGUACCCUCUGGAGCAUCAUACAAAUCGAAAAUGCAAAUACCAAAAAUACUUUCCUUCGCAGACUCCUGCAUGCCCCCAUUGGUCGAAUUUUGUUCCCCUUUGGCGUGGCCCAUUUGGUGCACAUAGAUUGCUUAAAGCCAGAAUAUUCAAGUAUAUUAGGUUCGGCCAUUACAAAUGCCAUUACCAACAAAUAUCCACUUACAGGAAGAAGACAAAUAGAAUUAGUCAAACAAAAAGUAGAAGCUACCUAUAAAAAUCGAAAUUUAUAAUUCUGGUUAAGCUAUUAAAUCCUGUUACUAUCAGAAGGCAAAUGGAUUUGUUAAGACAAAAGCUGGCGGCAAAGUAAAAGGAUCAUCUCAUAUACCUAAAUUAUGGACAAAAUCGACUCUAAUUCAAGUGAUAUUAUUUAAGUAAGGCAAAUGUACAUAAACUAUAUGAUAUAGGUUUUGUUAUUUAUAAGAUAAAAAAAAAUGGAAAAUAAAUUUUUUAAAGGGUA